AUGCCCUGAUUGUCUGCAUGGACUUGCUUCAGAAACAAACCAUGGGAAAGAAGUAUGACAAGUUACACAUUGCAGUGUUCACUGAUCUGAACAGUCCUUUCAGUUCCGACCAGUUUGAUGUCAUCUUAAGUAGCAUGAAAAGGUUUGGAAUCACACUGCAGUUCUUCUUGCCUUUUCAGCUGAACACCACCAGUACAGGAGAUGGAGGAGAUGCUGUAGAAAGACAUUGGAAAACUUCACCAAGAAAAGAGCUGACUGCACAACAGAAAGAGGGAAUACGAAUGGUCAGGAAAGUGAUGCUGUCCUUGGAUGAAGUGGGUGGUUUGGAUGAAGUCUUCACUUUCAGAGAAAGCGUGGAACAGUUAUCCAUAUUUAAGAAAAUCGAAAGGAGACCUAUGGCAUGGCCAUGUCAACUCACCAUUGGCUCCGGAAUAACCAUCAACAUCGUGGGCUACAAAGCAAUGACUGAAGAGAAAGUAAAGAAAAGCUGGACGUCUGUUGAUGCUAAGACUCUGCGAAAGGAGGAUGUGAGGAGGGAGACCGUUUACUGCUUAAAUGAUGACGAUGAGACUGAAGUUUCAAAGGAGGACACCAUUCAAGGUUUUCGCUAUGGUAGUGACAUUAUCCCGUUUUCACAAGUAGAUCAAGAGCAGAUGAAGUAUAAAACAGAUGGGAAAUGCUUCAAUGUUCUUGGAUUUACCAAAUCUGCACAGGUUUUGCAGCAUUAUUAUGUUGGACGGCAGGUGCUGCAGGUGUUUGCUGCAAAGGAUGAUGAGAUAUUCAUUAAUGACCUAAGUAUUGACGUGCGAUGGACAGUGUCAAAGUUUGCAGAUGACAUAAAACUUUGA